AUGGUGACCCGACGAACGCCGGGCACGGUGGCGGCAGUGGUGACGUUGCGCUCGGCGCACGUCUUGGCCGCCACCGCGGCGGUACUCCUGUUGGCGGCCGCGGGAUACGGUCGAGACGCUGUAGCCGCCGAAACGACGACUGGUACUCCGGCGACGACGACAUGCGGCCCGGGCAUGUUUCGGUGCUCGGACGGCAAGUGCAUACCUUCCGACUUGCUGUGCAACAUGCAAAAAGACUGCGACCGAGGAGAGGACGAGUUUCAGAGUUGCCCUCCACCCGAGUGCGAACCCACGCUGUUGCCGUGCCGUCAAUAUCAUUGGAACAAGACGUACUGUUACCCGCCGCAUUACCGGUGCGACGUUACCGUAGACUGUGUGGACGGUUCUGACGAGGCUGAUUGCACGUACCGAAAAUGUCAGACUGAAGACUUCCGGUGUGAGGUGAACGGUCCGGGCAGUGGUCCAUGUCUGCCCAAGACCAAGCGGUGCGACGGUUACUUCGAUUGCCGCAACCACAAGGACGAGGAAAACUGCGGGCCGUCCAUGAACAUGUCGUGUCCACUAGACAAAUUCCGGUGUCUAAACGGACAGAAGUGCAUCGAUCCUAAACUGAAAUGCGAUCAUCAAAACAAUUGCGGCGAUAACAGCGACGAAGAAAACUGCAAUUUCGCGGCUUGCCACGUCGGCCAGUUUCGGUGCGGCAACGGACUUUGCAUUCCGCUCAACUAUCAGUGCGAUGGGUACGCUGACUGUCACGAUGGCACAGAUGAGUUGAAUUGCACUGCGCUAGCUUGUCCGGGUAAAUAUCUAUGUCCCCAGGGCGGACCGAACAAACGGCCCAAGUGCAUAAACAAGUCACAACUGUGUGACGGGCAUAAAGACUGCGAUGAUAACGCCGACGAAGAGGCAGCGUGCUCGACGCUCAGUUGUCCGGCUCUAGGCUGCGAAUACAAGUGUCAGGCCUCACCCACCGGUGGCUCGUGUUAUUGUUCGGAAGGAAGAAAAAUUGCAAAUGAUUCGAAAACCUGUAUAGAUCGUGACGAGUGUUCUGAAUGGGGAUUCUGCGAGCAGAUGUGCAAGAACACGGAAGGAUCGUAUACAUGUAGCUGUUAUCCCGGAUACACACUGAUGGAACGGAAAAAAUGCGUGGUCAACAAUCGGACGCAACCGUUCCAGGUAUACUUCGCCCAGGACAGAAAUAUCAUGAAAAUGGAUUCCAAGUACCAAAACCAAGUGGUGGUGGCCAACGCCACGUCGGCCAGCGGCAUGGACUACCAUUACGCGUUGAACGCGUUGUACUGGUCUGACGUUAAGCUGAAGAAGAUCAAGUCGACGAGACUGCUGGACGUGGACAAGUUCGUGCGGGACGGCAACAACUUGCUGUCCGAGAUCACGUUACCUGGAAUGUGGGAACCCAUUUCGGUAGCGGUGGACUGGAUUGGUAACAAGCUGUAUGUGGUGGACGGCGUGGGCCAGAAGGUGGACGUAUUCGAGCUGAACGGCCGGUGGCACGCGAUCGUGCUGAGCAGCAACUUGACCAACCCGUCGGACAUCGCGCUCGACCCCACACAGGGGUACAUGUUCAUAGCGGACGGCAACCAGCUGAUCCGUGCCAACAUGGACGGAGGCGACACUAAAGCCAUAGUCACCGACGCCGUGUACAAGGCGUCCGGCGUUUCGGCUGACAUACUCGACAAGCGGUUGUACUGGUGUGACUCGCUGCUUGAUUACAUCGAAACGGUCGACUAUGACGGAAACGACCGACACCUCAUACUCAGAGGACCACAGGUGCCAUCGCCUUCCCGACUGGCGGUGUUCGAAAAUCGCGUAUACUGGUCGGACGGCACUAAGCAAGGCAUACUGAGCGUCAACAAGUACGACCCAACCAGCGUUUCGUCCGUUUACAAGAAUCGCGACAUAAAGGACCCGAAAUCGGUGAAAAUCGUCCAUUCGCUCGUCCAGAGAGAUGUGCCGUCACCUUGCAGCAAGAACAACGCUGGUUGUCAACACAUGUGUAUAGUUACUAGGGGCAGCGAUGGUUUGCUAGCACACAGAUGCGCCUGUAACAUGGGAUAUCAACUUGCGCAAGAUAUGCAUAACUGCGUUUUGGUCGACGAGUUUUUGUUGUACUCUCAACAAAGGUUUAUCAAAGGCAAAGUCUUGAAUAAAGUUUCGCAAGGGUUUGCUGAUGCCAUACUACCAGUGUCCUCGAGGAGAGCGAGGUUCGUGGGUCUAGAUUUUGAUGCUCGUGACAAUUACAUUUAUUAUUCUGACGUUCUUCAGGACGUUAUAUACAGGAUACAUAGAAACGGGACAGGCAGAGAAAUUGUAUUAGCGUCUCAGAACGAGGGCGUGGAAGGUCUUGCCGUCGAUUGGGUGGCCAAGAAUCUGUACUAUAUCGACAGUAGAAAAGGUACAUUGAACGUGUUAAGUACUCGAAACGUGACCAACAAAAGAGUGCUAUUGAAGAAUAUGAAAAGACCUAGAGCAAUCGUUGUUCACCCUAACAAGGGGUACAUAUUCUUUUCCGAAUGGGACCGGCCGGCCAACAUUAGCCGUGCGUACACAGACGGUUCGAAUCUGAUCGUGUUCCGUAACAUCACACUGGGAUGGCCAAACGGUUUGGCCGUAGAUUUCGCAACGGACCGAUUGUAUUGGUGCGACGCACUGCUGGAUCAUGUCCAGCAUUCGAAUUUGGAUGGAACAGACGUGCGGACCAUCAACUCCACGCUAAUACGACAUCCGUUUUCAAUAGUCACACAUUAUGAUUGGAUGUACAUCACCGAUUGGCGGCUGGACGCCAUAAUCAAGAUACACAAGCUAACCGGCGUCGUGGCCAACAUCGAAGUCCGGGAGCCGCAGAACAACCGGCUGUACGGCGUGAAAAUUUACAGCGAACACGAACAGCUCGUCGACUACUCGCACCCGUGUUCGGUCACGUCGGACUAUGGCGGUUGCCAGAAGCUUUGUUUCGCGGUGCCGUCCAACAAGUCGUCGACGUCGUCGCUACAGGCACACUGUGGCUGUCCUUAUGGCGAGAAGGUCGACUCGGACGGCAAGACGUGCGUGGCCGAUCCGAACGCCGAACCGCCCGUGACGGCUUGCCCGAACACGUGGGACUUCACGUGCAACAAUAUGCGGUGCAUACCAAAGGCCUGGGUGUGCGAUGGCGACGACGAUUGUCUCGACAACUCUGACGAGGAACAAAACUGCACCAAACCUACAUGCGCUCCGGGUGAAUGGCAGUGCGGUUCCGGCCGUUGCGUACCGGGAACGUUCCGGUGUGACGGCGAGAACGACUGCGGCGAUUACAGCGAUGAAACAGGGUGCACGAACGUCACUUGCUCUUCAACUCAAUUCUUAUGUGAUAAUGGUCGCUGCGUACCGGCUACAUGGAAAUGUGACUCCGAAAACGACUGUGGGGACGGUUCCGACGAAGGCGAUUUUUGUGCAGAAAAAACGUGUGCCUAUUUCCAAUUUACUUGUCCGAGGUCUGGUCACUGUAUUCCGCAGACGUGGGUGUGCGACGGCGACAACGACUGUUUCGACAAUCAAGACGAAGAAGGUUGUCCACCAAUUACGUGUUCACCGACACAGUUCAAAUGUGCUGAUCUCAGGCAGUGCAUACAGGAGACGUACAAGUGCGACGGAAUAUUGGACUGCAACGAUGGCAGUGAUGAACUCGGUUGUCCUACAUUGGCUCCUAAUCAGUGUGACACCGAAAAACAAUUUCGCUGCGAAAAGUCGGGAAUAUGUAUACCAAAAACAUGGUACUGUGACGGAACCGCUGACUGCGACGAUGAUUCAGAUGAACCGAAAACUUGUGGACAAGUUUCUUGCCAGUCGAACUAUUUUAAAUGUAACAAUUCACAAUGUAUUUUCAAGGCAUAUAUCUGUGAUGGCAGAGAUGAUUGCGGUGAUGGAUCUGAUGAAGAUUAUAGACUUGCUUGCGGAGCACCACCAUUCAAAUGCAUGUCAGGUGAAUGGCAAUGUCCUAAUACAACAAAUCGGUGUGUUAAUAUAACAAAUGUAUGUGACGGAAUACCUCAUUGUCCAAAUGGUGCCGAUGAAGGACCUAAUUGUGAUCUUCCUGAAUGUGACAAAGAGGGCAGUUAUUGCUCAAACGGAUGUAAACAAACACCAGUAGGACCACUGUGCACAUGUCCUCACGGUGAAGUCUUAAAUACUACAUAUGAAUGUAUGGAUCUCAACGAGUGUGAUCCACCGGGUCUUUGCUCACAACAUUGUACAAACACCAAAGGAAGUUAUUUCUGUUCCUGUGCGUCUGGCUAUAUUUUAGAGUCUGAUAAACAUACAUGCAAAGCUUUAAAUCACAGCGCAGCAUUUUUAAUAAUUUCUAAUCGGCAUUCUAUAUUGGUUGCUGAUCUCAAGGAACAAGGUCUAGAACGAGUCCCCAUCAUAGUAGAAAAUGUUGUAGCGACUGCAUCAAACAUGUAUACUGGAACUAUAUUCUGGUCAGAUAUGAAACUUAAAAAAAUAUCCAGGCUGGACAAAAGCAGCGAGCCUAAAGAUAUAAUUACAUCAGGAUUAGAUUUAGUUGAAGGCUUAGCCUAUGAUUGGAUUGGAGGACACAUUUAUUGGUUAGAUUCUCGACUUAAUACUGUUGAAGUGGCUAAUGAAAAUGGAACUAAUCGUAUUAUUUUGCUGAAAGAAAAUAUUACUCAACCGAGAGGAAUGGUGUUAGAUCCAAGUCCAGGAGCUCGAUGGCUGUUUUGGACUGAUUGGGGAGAAAAUCCAAGAAUUGAACGUGUUGGUAUGGAUGGCUCAAACCGUUCCGUUAUUAUUAGUUCAAAGAUUUAUUGGCCUAAUGGCUUAACCUUGGACAUUGUUAAUGAACGAGUAUAUUUUGCUGAUUCUAAACUUGACUUCAUAGACUUCUGUUAUUAUAACGGAACUGGUCGUCAACAAGUUAUCGCUGGAAGUCAUUAUCUACUACAUCCUCAUUCGCUUACUUUAUUUGAAGAUACACUUUACUGGACUGAUAGGCAGUUGAAUAGGGUAUUAUCUGCUCAUAAAUUUAAAGGAAAAAAUCAAACGGUUGUUUCUCAUUUAAUUUCACAACCUUUAAGUAUUCAUGUACAUCAUCCGUCUUUACAACCAAUUACACCAAAUCCAUGUGAAAAUGCUACAUGCGAACAACUCUGUUUGUUAUCACCUUCAUCGCCCAAUGGUUAUACAUGUAAAUGUAAACCAGGAUACAGAGUAGAUAAUGGCAAAUGCAAUGAAAACGAAUCUCCGUUUUUAUUAGUCAUGCGAGGUUACCAGAUAAUCGACGUCAGUUUAACCCCUGGAGAUAAAACUACUGGACAUAUUGUUCCAAUUGUUGGUAUCGAAGGAGGUACACAAGUUGAUUACGAUACCGAAACUAAAUCAUUAUUUUGGGUAGAAGGAUUAAAAGUGAAUGAAGAAGAUGAAAGUAUUAAUAGUGUCAAUUGUACACUAAUGAUGUCUCCAUAUCACGGAGGAAACAAAUCAUCUUUGUUAGGCGAACUGACUGGUUUUGUUGGUGCCCCAUAUGUUAUAGCUUUUGACUGGAAUGGUAGAAACUUGUAUAUUGGAAAUAGAGAGUCAUCCAGCUUAGAAGUAGUUAAAGUAGAUGGUAUAAAUAAAUACAGAAUGGUAUUAUUAUCAAACAACGGAAAGGACAUAUCUGUGGCAACGCCAACCGGCAUUGUUUUGGAUCCCAGCGAAGGAAAACUCUAUUGGGCCGACCAAGGAGGUUUUGGUGUACCUCCUAAGAUAGGUAAAAUCAAUAUGGAUGGAUCUAAUCCUCAAGUGUUAAUUAAUGACGGUCAUACACCUGAAGCAAUUGCGAUUGAUCUAGAACAGAAAAAUAUUUAUUACAGUACACAAUAUCCUAGCAAUAUAAAAGUCAUGAGUGUGAGUGGUAUGAAUCAUAGAACAUUAAUGAGUGACUAUAAUAGUAUCGCUUUCCCAAAAUCAAUGGGAAUCUACGAUCGGUAUCUUUAUUUCAUAGACUCUAGAUAUGAUCAUCUUGUAAGAGUCAAUGCUGAAGAUGGUUCUGGGAUGGAAAAAAUUUUAGAUAACGAUCCAGAUCUUAAAUCAUUAAAAGUGUUUUCAAAAAAAACCAAUGUAAAUCAUCCAUGUGCUGUUACAAAGAAUGGAGGAUGUCAACAGUUUUGUAUUCCGAGCGAAAAUGGUAACAGAGUUUGCGCUUGCUCUGUGGGAUACAAGAAAGAAUUUGAUAUAAAGUGUACACCGCAUUCUUCAUUCGCGGUCGUUUCUCAAGUAGAUUUGGUUAGAGGAUACGGUCUUACUGAUACACUUGAUGCCAUUGUUCCAAUAUCAGGUCCAGGACAUCAUAUCUUACAUGUGGACGUCCACGUGUCCCAAAACUGGAUAUAUUGGGUGGAGUUCAACCGUGGUAUAUGGAACGGUAUUUACAGAAUACGACCAAAUGGUACCGAGCUUCAGCACGUAAUUAAAGAUGGCAUCGGUUCUAAUGGUAUACGAGGUCUGACGAUCGAUUGGAUUGCGGGAAACAUGUAUUUCACGAACGUGUUCCCACACGAAAAUUACGUAGAAGUGUGUUGGCUAGACGGUUCAAUGCGCAAAGUUCUCGUGAAGACAACAACGGACGCGCCGAAAGAACUGGCGGUGAACCCAAUUAAACGAUUGUUAUAUUGGAUUGAUUAUGGCCAGUAUCCAAAAAUUGGGAAAGCAUAUUUGGACGGAUCUAAUUGGAUGCCAAUCGUGACCACCGGAAUAAGUCAGCCUAGAGAUUUAACUGUUGAUAUGAUCACUCACGACGUGUACUGGGUGGAUGCUAGAUUAGAUUUAAUUCAGAAAGUAUCGUCCAGCGGAGGUGAAAGACAAAUUGUGCGACGAAAUAUUCCAAAUCCGAUGGGUAUCGCCAUACAUUUAAGCGAUAUGUAUUGGGUGGAUAGAAAUUUGAAGACUGUAUUUAAGGCUUCCAAACUCCCAGGAAACAACUCUAUGCCCAUUCCGAUUAGAACUGGACUUCCUAGAUUGCGUGAUAUAGCUAUAUUUGACGUUAACACUCAACCUCCGGACGAGUCUAACUCUUGCUCACGAUUUGGUAAUGGGGGAUGCGAUCAAUUGUGUUUCUCGUUUCCGCCUUCAUAUUCGAUAAAUAAAUUCUUAUUCCGCUGUGACUGUGCUACUGGAAUUAUAGCAGCAGGCACGGGCACCAAAUGCGACACUGUAUCCGAAUACUUAGUAUUUGCUACAAGGACUGAGAUUCGAUCGGCAAGUUUGGACCCUCUAUCGACCACAUUGCCAUUUAAACCAGUAGGUAAUCUAUCAAAUGUGGUUGGUCUUGACUUUGACUAUGCGGACAACAAAUUAUUCUUCACUCAAAUAAGACCAAUGUCCCAGAUAUCUUCUGUGUCAAGUAAUUCGCCCAGUAACAGUCAAAUAAAGAUGAUAUUAGGCCGGCGAAUCAAUCCAGAAGGAAUUUCGUACGAUUGGACUCAGAAAAAAAUAUACUGGACGGAUUCAUCCAAUAAUUCUAUUUAUGCUAUGAAUAUAGAUGGCACUGAAGUGGUGAUGAUUGCUAGAGUUGAAAGACCUAGAGCAAUCGUGGUUGAUCCGUGCAAUGGAACAUUGUAUUUCACCGAUUGGGGUCGUUUCGGUACUGCUGGAAAGAUUUUCAGAACCACAAUGGCAGGAUCUCUGAAAAAAGCCAUAAUUGAUAAAGACUUGUCACAGCCUAGUGGUUUGACGAUUGAUUUUGAUGACCAAAUGUUGUACUGGUCUGAUGCCGUAAGAGAAAAAAUAGAAAGAUCUUCACUGGACGGCGGUAAUCGUGAAGUAUUGAUAACUGCAACUAUCUAUCCGUUUGCGUUGACCGUCCACGGAAAUUAUAUAUAUUGGACAGACCUUCAGUUAAGAGGUGUUUAUAGAGCGGAAAAACACACCGGUGCUAACAUGAUAGAAAUAAUCAAGAGGUUGGACGAUUCGCCUAGAGAUAUAGCUAUAUACUCUAAAGACAGGCAAAAGUGUUCGGUAAAUCCUUGCUCGAUUAGUAACGGUGGGUGCACUCAGAGCUGCCAUCCCGGACCAAACUCUACAGCUGAAUGCAAGUGUGACGAUAAUUCGAAACUCGUAAAUGAAGGCCGUAUGUGCGUUAAUAAGAACAUCACUUGUGACAGUAACAAGUUCCAUUGUCGUAAUGGCAAGUGUAUAUCGCGCAUGUGGUCUUGUGACGGCGACGAUGACUGCGGCGAUAACAGUGACGAAGACGUUAAAUACUGCGCAUAUCAUUCGUGUAGUACCAACGAGUUCCGAUGUGCCAACGGUCGGUGUAUAUUUAAAACUUGGAAAUGUGAUCAUGAAAAUGACUGUAAAGACGGAUCUGAUGAAGUUGGAUGUGUUUAUCCACCAUGCGCAGACGGGGAAUUUACUUGUGCUAACUCCAGAUGUAUUGCCAUGUCACAAGUGUGCAAUGGUGUUAACGACUGUAAGGACAACUCGACUUCGGAUGAGACCCAUGACCGGUGCCCCAAGAAUAUAACGUGUCCAGCCAACCAUCUGAAGUGUGAGAAGACGAACAUAUGCGUAGAACCAUAUUGGUUAUGCGACGGUGACAACGACUGUGGUGACAAUAGUGACGAGGACUCGGUGCAUUGUUCUCAGAGGACCUGUCCAACGAACAGCUUCCGGUGUCCAAAUCACAGGUGUAUACCAGCCACAUGGUAUUGUGACGGAGACGAUGAUUGUGGUGAUGGGUCAGAUGAACCACCAGAGUACUGCAAGUCGGAGGGCCGUACAUGUUUCGGUGACCUAUUUACGUGCGACAACGGCAAUUGUAUACCUAGGAUUUACAUUUGUGACGGCGACAACGAUUGUUUAGAUAAUUCCGACGAAGACAUUAGACACCAGUGCAACAACCGUAAAUGUGACGAGUCGACUGAAUUCACGUGUCUGGCGAACAAGGCGUGGAACCGGGCACAGUGCAUACCGAAAAAGUGGCUUUGCGACGGCGACCCGGACUGCGUUGACGGUGCGGACGAGAACGCGUCGUUGCUCAACUGUACGACGGUAGCCAACUGCAGUGCAGAUCAGUUCACGUGCGGCAACGGGCGAUGCAUCAACCGUGGCUGGGUGUGCGACCACGACAACGACUGCGGUGACGGUACGGAUGAAGGAAAAGACUGCCACGCGCAUUACAAGACGUGCUCACCGCGCGAGUUUGCGUGCCAGAACUUCAAGUGCAUUCGGAACACGUAUAGAUGCGACGGCGAAGACGAUUGUGGCGACAAUUCGGACGAGUUUGGAUGUCCGGCGGGUGGUAGAAAUGGGUCGGCGUCCGCGUGCGCUACUGACCAGUUCCGGUGUACCAGCGGGCAGUGCAUUAAUGCCACGUUGGUGUGCAACAAAGUUUCGGACUGCGCGGACGACAGCGACGAGCCAGCCCAUUGCAACGUGGACGAAUGCGCCAGGGUCGAACUCAACCAAUGCGCUCAUCGGUGCAUCGACACCCCUACCGGGUUCACUUGCGAAUGUAAUGAGGGAUACAAGCUUAUGGAAGAUGGUAAAGCGUGUGAAGAUAUUAAUGAGUGUGUGGAAGUGCCCGGGGCGUGUUCACAGUAUUGCCUGAAUACUCCAGGAUCAUUUUACUGUAAAUGCGACGAAACUUACUACGAUCGGACGUCUGACGAACGGACGUGCAAGCGGCGUGACAGAAACAAACCAUGGCUAAUAUUUACCAACAAGUAUUACGUGCGAAACAUGUCGUUGGACGCGUCUGAAUACUCGCUUAACCAUCAAGACCUGUUGAACGUGGUCGCAUUGGAUUUUGAUUACGCGGAAGAAAAGUUGUAUUUCUGCGACGUGAGUGCAAAAACCAUUUACAGGACGAAAGUGGGAAGCACAGAACGCGAGAAGAUCAUUAGACACGAUAGUCACGGUCUAGAAGGCAUUGCCGUGGAUUGGGUUGGCAGAAAAUUGUAUUGGCUAGACCGACACAGCAAACAUCUAGAGGUGGCCGAGCUGAACGGUACUAAUAGGAGAACACUCAAAGCAGGCAUUCAAGACCCGAGAGCAAUAGCCGUGCAUCCGGGAACUGGUUACUUGUACUUUACAAGUUGGCAUCUUCAGGCUUAUAUAGGAAAAAUUGGCAUGGACGGAAGCAACUUUUCACAAAUAUUGACACACGAGAACGACAUUGCUUGGCCAAACGCCCUAACUAUCGAUUAUUUCACGGAACGCAUUUAUUGGGCUGAUGCUCAUUUAGACUACAUAGCUUCGGCUGAUCUGGAAGGUAGACACAAACACAUUGUACUUUCUGGUGAACGUGUGCCACACGUGUUCGCGCUCACGUUAUUCGACGACGAGUUAUUCUGGACGGAUUGGAACUUGAAAGCUAUCGUAAAAUCGAACAAGUUUACAGGACACGAUUUUAGAGUACUCAGGAACACCACACAUCGGCCGUACGAUUUGCACGUCUAUCACAAUUUACGACAAAUUCCGUUUGCCAAUCCUUGUGGCGGCGACAACGGUGGCUGUUCACACCUGUGUCUCUUGCGUCCCGUGCCCGGCGUGGAUACGUCUCCUGACGGUUAUCUGGAUGCCAAGAGUCCGGUAUCGUUUACAUGUGCUUGUCCCAAUCAAUUCUAUCUGGACCCUCGCGAUAACAAGACCUGCAUAUCUAACUGCACCGUUGGUCAGCACGAAUGCAAAGAGAACGACCAAAAGUGCAUUCCAUGGUUUUGGAAAUGCGAUGGUGAGAGAGACUGUGCCGACGGAACGGACGAGAUCCAAAGUCAGUGCCCCACGAGAUAUUGCCGCGGAGGAGCAUUCCAGUGCGCCAAUCGAAACUGUACGCCGUCGGCCACAAUUUGCGAUGGCGUUGACGAUUGCGGGGACGGAUCAGACGAGAAAAACUGCGAAUUACCAUGCCCAAGCAUUGAGUUUAAAUGCAAAUCAAACGGAAGGUGUAUAUUGGAUUCGUGGAAGUGUGACGGUGAACCUGAUUGUAAAGACGGUAGCGACGAAGAUCCAGCGAUGUGCCAUAAUAGAGAAUGUGACCCAAAAUCAGAAUUCUCGUGUAAGAACGGUCGAUGUAUACCGAAAUUGUGGGUUUGCGAUUUUGACAACGACUGUGGUGACGACUCUGAUGAACCGGCUUACAUGUGCAGACAAAGAAACUGUACGACUGGAUGGCAGAGAUGUCCGGGAAAAACCAAUUACAGGUGUAUACCGAAGUGGUUGUUCUGUGAUGGCAAGGAUGAUUGCCGUGACGGUUCGGACGAACUUCCGGAGAACUGUCCGAAGUGCCAAGCUGCCACGGACUUCCAGUGUAAGAACAACAGGUGUAUACCAAAGAGAUGGCUGUGUGAUUUCGAGAACGAUUGCGGUGAUAAUUCAGACGAGUCGGAAGACCUGUGCAAAGGACUAUAUCGACAGUGUUCGGAGUCUGAAUUCCAGUGUUCCAACGGAAAAUGUAUACCAGGUCAGUGGAGGUGUGACCAUGACGAUGAUUGCGGAGACAACUCGGACGAACUCAACUGUGGUGGUUUCCAAUGCAAAAAUGGCACAUUCCAGUGUAAGAGUGGUCACUGCAUUGCGUCUUACUUCCGGUGCGAUGGCGACAGGGACUGUCGGGACUUCAGUGAUGAGAUAGGUUGUCCGCCCAGGUAUCCUGAUGGCCGGUACUGUCCUAAGAAUAAGUUCGAGUGUAAGACCACCAAGUUGUGCGUUUUCAAUUCUGAGAUCUGUGAUGGGGAAGACGAUUGCGGUGACGGCUCCGAUGAAGCGUCUGAACUCUGUUCCAAUAUGAGUUGUACCCUCGAUAACCGUUUCUCUUGUGACAACAAACACUGCAUUCCGAUGUACCAGCGUUGUGACGGCGUAGACAAUUGCGGAGACGGUUCUGACGAAAACGACCUGAGUGUGUGUGGUAUGAUGCACAACAUCAGACAGUGUGAUCAUUACACAGAAUUCACGUGUGCCAAUCGUGAAUGUGUCAACAAGUCAAAACUCUGUAAUCUUCAGUACGACUGCGAAGAUCUGUCGGACGAAAAAGGAUGCCACUAUUCUGGCACGUGCUUAGAAUCUACUAAAGGUGGUUGUGAACACUACUGCUUGAACGUUACGUCAGGAAAAGGAUUCAGCUGUGCUUGUUACGCUGGAUACGAGAUCGGAGAAAAUAGCAAAAAAUGUGAAGAUUUGAACGAAUGUGAGUUGGGACUUCACCAUUGUUCCCAAGACUGUACGAACAUAAAUGGAUCUUUCAUUUGUUCGUGUCGCGAUGGUUUUGUAUUGAGCGAUUUGUUUAGUGGCGUAUGCAAGGCCGUGGAUCCGAAGUUGACUAUAGUAUACACUAAUGGUCCUGAAUUGCGUGGAUACGAAGCCAACGAGAAGAAACAUUUGUCGAUUCUCAGCAAUGAAAAACGUAUACGAGCUAUUGAUUUUGAUCCGAAAACUGAAAUACUUUAUUGGGCCGAUUCGUACGACCAUUCAAUAAAACGUUCAUAUAUGGUGGACGCCAAGAGUGGAGAAGUCAAAGUGGGAUACCCGCAAGAUCUGGAUAUCAAAGGACCGUCCAAGCCUGUGGCAGUCGCCAUAGACUGGAUGGGCGACAAUCUCUAUUGGGCUGAGGUCGACCUAUCAAAGGAGGAUAAACCAGCCGGCCGAAUAAUGGUUGCUAAACAAGAUGGAAGAUACAAAAGGUCGAUUAUUAGCAGCGGAUUGGACACUCCUUCCUCUUUGGUCUUGGAUCCUGAAAUGGGUAAAAUGUUCUGGGCGGACGUAGGAGAAACCCCAAAAAUUGAAAUGUCUUGGAUGGAUGGAUCUAGAAAAACGCCAUUAGUCACCACCAGACUGCACUAUCCAACAGGACUGACUGUUGAUACGGCUAUGGAUCAUUCUUUGUAUUGGGUGGAUACCAAACUUAAUGUCAUCGAGUCAAUUAAAUACGAUCAAAAGAACAGAGUUGUCGUGAUACGCGGAGAACACCUGCAUCACCCUAUAUCGCUGGAUCUGUUUGAAAACCAACUGUAUUGGCUAUCUAGAGAAACCGGCGAGUUGAUGAAACAAGAUAAGUUUGGUCGUGGAGUCCCAGUUACCAUUGCCAAAGAUUUGGUGAAUCCUACCGGUGUUAAAGUUUAUCACAGACAAAGGUAUAAUUAUACAAUGCCAAACAUGUGCCAAUCGGCCGGAUGUUCACAUCUAUGUCUAUUGGUACCUGCUGGUGUAUAUUGUGCAUGUCCAGACCAUACUCACGUACAGCAAGGUGUCAGUGAAAAAAUUUGCGACGCUGCCGAAGAACCACCGAAAUCAGCACCACGAAUUUGUCGUUGUCAAAAUGGUGGUAUUUGCAGUGAAGACUCACCGGAUGGUGAACUCAAUUGUUUAUGUCCACCUGACUUUAGCGGUCGCGUUUGUGACAUCACUUCGAAACGGAUCAGACGACAGGGUAUUUUCAGUUCCAUGCUUAUCAUUCCACUAACAGGGUUAUUGUUGCUAUUAAUCGCUGGUGCGAUUUUCAUUUUCAUCCGCAAGAGACCAUUUGGUAAGGGAGCAGUACUUGGAAGCUUGACCAACUCUCAGAGCGUGUCCUUUAGACAAGGAACGAAUGUCGAGUUUGGUCCCAACGCAUUCAACAACGGUCCAGGAGGAGGGGAGCCAUUGGACGUGGAGUACAACAUGACAGACAUAAGUGGCAAGAACCGUGACUUCAGCAACCCGAUGUACGAUGCUCUCGGCAAUAUGGAAUCUGAUGCCGGUAGUGGUAUAUACGAGGUGCCUUUAGACGUUACCAAGACCAAGGGUCUUGUACAAGAGCCUGCUUCAGCCAUACUAGCACCGUCCAGUAUUAUACAGAAAGCAUCGCCCCAAAUACAGAGGAGACACAGAGAAUUAGAACCGGCCACAACGGACACGGGAAAAGACACUCAGAUGUUAGUUGAAGAGACCGACGACUAAGAAUAUAAUAUUUUAUGAUUUGACAGACGCAAUAUAAUUUCUCUUCCCUCUCCCCGGAUGGAAGAACCUAUCUGGUGCGUGUAUUAAUUUAUUCAACUUUGAAUCCCCUAAAAUAAUACGAGUGUUAAAAGUAUUGUUUUGAUAAGUUUAUAUUAUUAUUAUUAUUUUUAUUAUUAUUAUAUAUAUUUUUUUUUGUAAAAUAUUUUCAUGUUUGCCAGUGUUUAACAUCGUCUUUGUUUUACUUCUAGUUUUUGUUUUACUAGUAGCGACUGACCAAUACCAUGGUGUAAGUGUAUAAUAAUAAUAAAAAAAAAACAUGAGCAUUAUUUUUGUUUACACCAUGACCAAAACGCGUUAAUCGUUUGAACUUGUGAUAUCGAUUAUAUAUCAUACUUUAAAGAAUAAUAUUUUUGUUAAGUGUAUUAUAAUAUUUAAAUUACUAUAUAUUUUUGUUUAUGUACAUUUUUUUAAUUACUACUAGUGACAACAUGUGUAAUUUAACAGCAAAAAUAAGACAAUAAAAUUUAUGAAAUUUGUUGAUA